UCUAGGCACUUCCAGGGGCUCGUACCCCUUCACCCACUCAAUGAACCCUCACCUACAUCCACGCCUGUACCACGGCUGCUACGGGGACAUCAUGACCAUGAAGACCUCUGGGGCCACUUGUGAUGCAAACAGUGUGAUGAACUGCGGGAUCCGUGGUUCUGAAAUGUUUGCUGAGAUGGAUCUGAGGGCCAUAAAACCCUACCAGACUCUGAUCAAAGAAGUCGGGCAGAGACACUGCGUGGACCCUGCUGUCAUUGCAGCCAUCAUCUCCAGGGAAAGUCAUGGCGGAUCUGUCCUGCAAGAUGGCUGGGACCACAGGGGGCUUAAAUUUGGCUUGAUGCAGCUUGAUAAACAAGCAUACCACCCUGUUGGUGCCUGGGACAGCAAAGAGCAUCUUUCACAGGCUACUGGGAUUCUAACAGAGAGAAUUAAGGCAAUCCAGAAAAAAUUCCCCACGUGGAGUGCUGCUCAGCACCUCAGAGGUGGUCUCUCAGCUUUCAAGUCAGGAAUUGAAGCGAUUGCCACCCCAGCGGACAUAGACAAUGACUUCGUCAAUGAUAUCAUUGCCCGAGCUAAGUUCUAUAAAAGACAAAGCUUCUAGGCAAAGUUCUGUGGGUGGGCCAGGCUGGCACAGUGCUCAGAUGGCCGCCUUUGAGAGUUUUAUGUGAAUGUGCUGUAUUCAACACUGGCAAAGAAAUGAUUAAAAUCAUGAAAGAAAA